AUGUCGGGGGUCAGAGCCACCCAGCUCCGGCUGGAUGAAAUCCAGCCCUUCUGCUUUUCAAAGCCCGCGCUGCCUGCCACCUCCUUGACCAACCCCGAGUCCGCUGGCCCGAGGACAGCUACGCCUUUCCUCUACCGGGCCCCAGGGCCUCGGGAGCCGCCCGCCCCCAAGGAUGCCCGCAUCACCCACUCCUCAGGCCAGAGCUUCGAGGAGCUCAGGCGGGCGUGUCUGCAGAGGGGCGUCCUGUUUGAGGGUGCAGACUUCCCAGCCAACAGAUCCUCUGUCUUCUACAGUGAGAGGCCCCAGAUCCCCUUCGUGUGGAAAAGGCCGGGGUGAGAAAUAGUGAAACACCCAGAAUUCUUUCUUGGAGGGGCCACCAGGACAGACAUCUGCCAGGGUUCUGCAGGCGACCGCUGGCUGUUAGCUGCCGUAUCUCUUACGCUUAAUGAAAAAGCACUGGCUAGAGUCGUCCCCCAGGACCAAAGCUUCGGCCCAGGUUACGCAGGGAUAUUCCACUUCCAGUUCUGGCAGCCCAGCCAGUGGCUGGACGUGGUGAUCGAUGACCGGCUGCCCACCUUCAGGGACCGCUUGGUCUUUCUGCACUCCGCCGACCGCAGCGAGUUCUAGACCUUGCUGGAGAAAGCCUACGCUAAGCUGAACGGGAGCUUCGAGGCUCUGAAGGGCAGCGCCAUCGAGGCCAUGGAGGACUUCACCGGGGGCGUGGCAGAGACCUUUACAACCAAGGAGGCUCCCGGGAACUUCUAUGAGAUUCUAGACAAGGCCUUGAAGAGGGGCUCUCUGGUGGGCUGCUCCAUUGACAUCAGAAAUGCUGCAGAAUCUGAAGCCCGGACACCUUUUGGUCUCAUUAGGGGUCAUGCCUACACAGUGACGGGCAUUGACCAGGUAAACUUCCGAGGCCAGAAACUAGAGCUCAUCAGAGUCUGGAACCCUUGGGGCCAAGUUGAGUGGACCGGGUCCUGGAGCGACAGGAUGGCAUUCAUAGACUUCCAGGCCCACUUUGACAAAGUAGAGGCCUGCAACCUCACUCCUGACGCCCUGGAGGGGGAUGCUGUCCACAAGUGGGAGGUGGCGGUCCCUCAGGGAAUCUGGGUGCGGGGCGCCACAGCUGGCGGCUGCCGCAGCUUCCUGGAUACCUUUUGGACCAAUCCACAAAUAAAAUUGUCCCUGACUGAGAAAGAUGAGGGGCAGGAGAAAUGUACUUUCCUUGUAGCCCUGAUGCAGAAAGAUCGAAGAAAACUCAAGAGGUUUGGUGCCAGCAUGCUGACCAUCAGUUAUUCCAUUUACCAGUGCCCCGGCCAAGACGGACACCUGAACAAAGACUUCUUCAGACACCAUGCCUCCCAGGCCAGAAGCAAGAUGUUCAUCAACCUGAGAGAAGUCUCUGACCAGUUCUCGCUGCCCCCUGGGGAGUACAUUGUGAUUCCCAGCACUUUCGAGCCCCAUCAGGCAGCCGAUUUCUGCCUGCAGAUCUUCUCGGAGGAGAAAGCCAUUACUUGGGACAUGGACGGAACUGUAGACAUCGACCUUCCUGAGCCACCAAAGCCGACUCCGCCUGGCCAGGAGACAGAGGAGGAACGGCAGCUCCGGACCCUAUUUAAACAAGUCGCUGGUGAGGACGCAGAGGUAACCGCGGAGGAGCUCGAAUAUGGUUUAAAUGCUGUGCUGCAAAGGAAAAAGGACAUCAAAUUCAAGAAGCUAAGCCUGACUUCCUGUAAAAACAUCAUUUCUCUAAUGGACACCAGUGGCAAUGGGAAGCUAGCGUUUGGUGAAUUCGGAGUGUUCUGGGACAAGCUGAAGAAGUGGACAAACGUUUUCCUUCAGUUUGAUGCUGACACAUCUGGCACCAUGUCCUCCUACGAGCUGCGGACCGCCCUGAAAGCCGCAGGCUUCCAGCUCAGCGCUCCCCUCCUGCAGCUGGUCGUCCUCAGGUACGCAGACCGGGAGCUCCAAGUGGGCUUCGGUGGCUUCCUCAACUGCGUGGUCCGGCUGGAGACUGCAAGCCGGAUGUUCCAGGCCCUCAGCACGAAGAACAAGGAGUUCAUUCAUCUCAACAUAAACGAGGUAUGA